UUCAUUUAGCUGCUUAGAAACCGCAGCGAGGACCACCGCCUGAGGUGAAUGUCUCGUGAACGUGGCUGAAUAUCUGUCAGAACAGUUUCAGAGUCCUUUAUUAAACCAAGUCAAAGCCAAACAGUGUUGUUAAGACGACAGAGAACAGCUUAUAUUCAGCCACAUACACGAACAUAUUUGGUAUAACCUGUGUUAAAUUGUAUUACCGUUAGAUGUGCGACCUGAAUGUGCUGCCUAGAGCUUAUUACAAGCUGAAACAUGGCCUAAGCUAGUCUGAGUCCUAUCUAUUUAUUUUGCUGUGUUGCUGACUUAUCUAGCUGAGAACAACAACAACAACAAUAAUAGUAAUAAUAAUAAUAAUGGAGAUGGCUGUUGUCAGGGAGACAGAAGGUCACAGUGCUAUUGUGCCUGAACCUGAACAGUAUCAAAGAAAAGGGGAACUCACUGCAGUGACCAGUGGAGAUGAAUGUAAUGUAGACUGGGAGAGAAAACUUGGCGUAGCUUCCUCAAGUCCCAUUAUUGAGUUCUUUGAAGACCCUGAAGAACCUGGCUUUAGGACUGAUGACAUUGAUAGGAAGUGCUUUACAUGUUCUUACUGUGGACGAAAGUUUGCAAGGCGUCAGACGUUGGAGCAGCACGAGCGAAUUCACACCGGAGAGAAGCCUUUUCGGUGCUCUGAGUGUAACAAAUGCUUCAGACAGCGGUCAGCCCUGCGUGUUCACAGGAAAGGUCACGCGGGGGACAAAGCCUUUGAAUGUUUUGUGUGUUGUAAGAGGUUUUACAGAUCAGGAGACCUGAAGGCGCAUUUGGGAAUUCAUACCGGUGUGAGAGAACACAACUGCUCAAUAUGCUUAAAGGGCUUCGGACGUCCCAGUGAUCUGAGGAGACACAUGCAGACUCAUGAGGCUGAACCUGUGCUGUUCGACAUAGACAAGAGUCCACAUGAGUGCUCUCAGUGCGGGAAGAAGUUCACACGACAUGCACAGGUUGAAAUUCACCAGCGAGUGCACACAGGAGAAAAGCCGUACCAGUGCACUCAGUGUGGGGAGAGUUUUCGCUGGAGACAGAACUUUAAAGCUCAUCAGCGUAAUCAUACAUGUGAAAAGCCUUAUCAUUGCUCAGACUGUGACAGACGCUUCACUUGCUUAUCAGCUCUGGAAAAGCAUCAGGUUAUGCUUCAUUCAGGAGUUCUGCUCCAGAACACUCAGUGUCACCAGAGCACAUAUAAAGAAGACACUCGACAUCAGUGCUGCCAGUGCGGGAAGAGUUUCAGCCAAGCGAAGGAUCUGGUGGUCCAUCAGCGAGUUCACACUGGAGAGAAGCCUUAUAAAUGCACUCAGUGUGGGAAGAGGUUUCGUCAGAUAGGACAUCUAAAGGAGCAUCAGCGGGUUCACUCUGGAGAGAAACCCUAUCAGUGCUCAGUCUGUUACAAAUGCUUCCCUUAUUCACAAUCCAUGAAAAAACACAUGCGUGUGAUUCAUGGAGCACUUCAACAUAACACAGAAGAAAAGAACUGGACGGAUGAUGUGGAAGAAGUUAAAAUCGGUUCAGCUCCAACCAGCCCAUCAUCAAUACAGUCUGAUGACCCUGGAGCUUCUGAUGAGCUAUCAUACCAUAUUAAAUCUGAGGACCAGAGGUUGCCUUUUGCAGAAGAUGUAGACACCACCUUAUGUAGCCUAAAUUCAGACCUUUCUGGAGAUGAUGCAGGGUCAGAUGAACUGGCAGGGCACAGAAAAACUGAAGACAGCUGCCUGCCUUUUGUGGAAGGAGCAGAAGGUAUCUCGACUGCACCAUCAAAGUGUUCUAAAUAUUCUGGAGUUAGUGAUAAUUGUUCACAGCACGUUAAAACUGAAGAGAGCUUCCCUUUAGAAGAGGAUGUGAUGGAAGCUAAUGUUUGUUCAAGUCCUUCCAGCACAGCAAAAGAGUUCACUAAAGAUUGUGAAGUUUUUAAUGAACCCGCACAUCCUUUUAAAACUGAGAAGAAGGGCAUAAUGGAGGACAGUUCUGCUUUUUCUAGUCCAGCGUCAGAGCUCUCUAAAUAUCCAGAGGUUUUUGAUCAGCUUGAAGUCAUCAGCACCACCCUUUUUUAAGCACUUAAAUAUGUCAGUGCCAUUCUCUGAGUUGGAGAAGACUUGGGUCGACAGAGGAGUAUCUACUGAUACACGUCAUGCAAAUUCAUUUCAACAGCUUUACUUUUUGAAAUAACUGAACUUGAAUAAAACUCCCUAGGCGAAGACUCACUGCUGUGCUGCGAGUUGGAGACGUCAGCUGAGGAACCUGUGUCAACUAUUAAAAAGAUACACAUGAAAAAAGAACAGCUUUACAAACCAGAUUGAGCCAGUGAGAGAAAAAUCAUCACCCAACAUCCUGGCAGAGCUUCAUUAUUGAAAUUACAUUGCCAGCAGUUGUCUGAGGAAAACUUUCACCCUUUUGAAAAUGGGUACAAACCAGCACUGCAAUGAGAUGAGCUUUAACACUUUCUCUAAACACUUCCCACCUCAACACAUUACGCUAGGUUGAGCCCCACAGUAGAGAAACAUCUCAUAUGCGCAUUACCUUAAGACCAAAACCAGAGACAGCAGUCAAUUGUAUUUGAUAUUUUACAAACAAGCGGUUUAUAAUCUGUUACAUCUUCUCUACACUACUGUCAUCUUCCCCACCAUCCACCAGCAAUAUAAAGAACUUCUGUUACAGUGACGCUUCUUCCUCCUAAACCAGACGCCAAUAGUGAUUCUGUACAUAUUUCUGUGAGACACAACACUGCAGACUCUUCAUCAACCUUUACACAUCUAUUUUCAAUCAUUUCUGUCCUGAUACAUAUUUAAUGUAAACUGUGUAAUGUUUUAUUAUUGCAAAAGUAGCACAUGGUAUAUACUGGCAAAUAAAACAGUUCUAUACGUGAA